AUGAACUGUUUUUUUUUUUCCUUUUUUCUUUUUUUCUUUUUUUUUUUUUUUCCUUUUUUUUUUUUCUUUUUCCUUUUUCUUUUUCCUUUUUUUUUUUUCUUUUUUCAUUUUUCAUCUUUUCUUUUUUUUUUUUUUUUCUUUUUUUUUCAUCAUCUUUUUCAUCUUUUUCUUUUUCAUCUUUUUUCAUCUUUUCUUUUUCAUCUUUUUUCAUCUUUUCUUUUUCAUCUUUUUUCAUCUUUUCUUUUUCAUCUUUUUUCAUCUUUUCUUUUUCAUCUUUUUUCAUCUUUUCUUUUUCAUCUUUUUUCAUCUUUUUUUUUCCGUCUUUUUUUUCUUUUCUUUUCAUCUUUUUUCAUCUUUUCUUUUCAUCUUUUUCAUCUUUUCUUUUUCAUCUUUUUCAUCUUUUUUUUUUCAUCUUUUUCAUCUUUUCUUUUUUUUUUUUUCAUUUUUUUUUUUUUUUCUUUUUCAUCUUUUUCAUUUUUCUUUUUCAUUUUUUCAUCUUUUCAUCUUUUCAUCUUUUUCAUCUUUUUCAUUUUCAUUUUUCAUCUUUUUCAUUUUUUUCAUUUUUCAUUUUUUAAUUUCAUUUUUUUCAUUUUUCUUUUUCAUUUUUUUUUUCUUUUCAUUUUUUUUUUUUCUUUUCAUCUUUUUUUUUUCUUUUCAUUUUUUCUUUUCUUUUUCAUUUUUUUUCAUUUUUUUUUUCAUCUUUUUUUUUUUCUCUUAAACAUAUAUCUAUCUUAUUUCUUUUCUUUAUUUAUGAGAGUGGCUUCGUUUGGACCAGAAAAUUGUAUUCGUUGUGCAGAUGGUUAUCGUCCUGUGGAUGGCAAAUGCAUUGAUAUUGAUGAAUGUGCAGAAAACAAGGAUGACUGUGACAAUGAACACAUGUCUUGUGUAAACAAAGAAGGUGGUUAUAAAUGUAUAUGUGAUGAAGGAUAUGAAAAGAAUGAAGUUGAUGCCUGUGUAAAGAAACCAAAAGAGAUUCCAGGCCAGAAGAAAAAGAAGUCCAAGAAAAAAUCAAAAAUGUCUACUGCCAUUAAUAAACCGGCCAAUGAAACUGCUGAAGAUGAAGCAAAUAUACCUGUUGUUACUGAGACCUCAGCUGAAUCAUUACCAAAAGAAGAACUGUAA